AUGGUUCGUUGCCUUUGUCGCUUGCACAACUUCUGCAUCAAUGAACGUUUGGAGAGAGAGCAAGGUGGACAGCCAACAAUUUCGCCAGUGGAAGAAUCUUCGAAGGAUGUUGCUGAACGAUUGGCUGCUGAUGACUUGAAUAUUGUGGUGGAGGGCGGUGGUGUGGCUACUGGGAACGUUGGCGAUGACUACCGUCCAGAGAUCCUCCUCCAUGGUGGCGAGCACUUCGAUGAUGUCAGUUACUGGACGCGCACUUCUAGAAAAUCCCAUGGCGAUAUUCUUCCUCGCGAAAAGAUGCUUUCGAUUGUUGUGGAGAAUGGCUUGAAGCGACCAACUCCUCGUGGCUGGAUUGGAAAGACCCCUGCCGGCUCCAAAUACUCGUCUUAG